AUGACUCACCAAUCACACGCCUACCAUAUAGUCAACCCAAGUCCCUGACCACUAACGGGAGCCCUAUCAGCUCUUCUACUUACAUCAGGAUUAAUCAUAUGAUUUCACUUCAACUCAAAAACCCUUCUACUACUAAGUAUGCUAUCAAACCUACUCACCAUAUAUCAGUGAUGACGUGACAUCGUACGAGAAGGAACCUACCAGGGACACCACACAACAAUCGUUCAAAAAGGCCUACGUUAUGGAAUAGUAUUAUUUAUCAUCUCAGAAGUCUUCUUCUUCUCAGGAUUCUUCUGAGCAUUCUACCACUCAAGUCUGGCCCCUACACCCGAAUUAGGAGGGUGUUGACCCCCUACAGGAGUCUUCACCAUUAACCCCUUGGAAGUACCACUCCUCAACACAUCCGUCCUUCUAGCCUCAGGAGUCUCAAUCACCUGAUCACAUCAUAGCCUCAUAGAAGGAGACCGAAAACAAAUAAUUCAAGCCCUUACUAUCACAAUCUUGCUAGGCAUUUACUUUACCCUCCUCCAAAUCUCAGAGUACUUCGAGGCCUCCUUCGCUAUCUCAGAUGGAGUAUACGGCUCCACAUUUUUCGUCGCCACAGGAUUCCACGGACUACACGUCAUUAUCGGAUCAACAUUUCUCUUGGUAUGCCUCCUCCGACAAUUCAACUUCCACUUUACAUCAAACCACCAUUUCGGGUUCGAAGCUGCAGCCUGAUACUGACAUUUUGUAGACGUCGUCUGACUCUUCCUAUACAUCUCCAUUUACUGAUGAGGCUCAU